UAGCCUCUCCGGUUUUCGCUUGUUCCCAUGAAACUCGUCCACUUUCAAAUUCUAAUCCGCAAACCAUGCACUAGUGAUCUCCCUGUAACCUUAACCGCUCCACCUUCUUCUUCUCUUUUAAAAAUCAAAAGAACAAGCAAAACCAAACUUCCUGAAUUGCUCAUCUCGCUCUCUCUCUUACUCUCCUUCUCUGCUUCUCCUUGACCAUUUUAACUCCAUUCUCUCUCCUUGACCAUUCCAACUCCAUUCUGCAAAAUGGUCAUAGUGAAAGAGGAUUUAGAUUUCAAGUCACGGUUAGUGACAGAGAUCUGCUUCAUCUCUACCCACUCCAAUGGCUGUAAUCAUCGUCGCCUCCGCUACAUAGAUUGGUAUCGUCUUCUUCAAGUCGAAGAAGAUGCAGAUAUAGAUGUUAUUAGGAAGCAAUACCGGAACCUUGCUCUGCAACUUCAUCCGGACAAGAACAAACACCCCAAGGCUGAAGUUGCAUUUAAGCUUGUUUUAGAGGCAUACACAUGCCUAUCUGAUGCAGCAAAAAGAAAAGCUUUCGACGCUCAGAGAUGGAAAAACUUCUGCCCAGAAUGCAACCAAAGCCUGCACAGGGCUUGCAAUGUUCCAGGAAGAUCAGAUACUGAAAAGCCUAGAAGAUUGGAUCCCAGAUGCUGGAGUAGAUCCAAAUCCAAUAAUAAAAUCUUGCAGGGUCUGAAAGAAGUUAGAGACAGAUUCAAAGAGGAAGCCAAAGUGAUAGAGAACUGUCUGAGAGCCUAUGAAUCAUCUAAGAAAGAGUCUCCGCUUUUCGAUCCAUCUGAACGUCUCUUCCAAGAUUAUCCACACCGGAGAACUCGGAUCUACUACAACAAACAUGAGGUCUUUGGGUACAUGCAACCAGAAAAUCUUCGGAAACAUGACCACAGAACCACAAAGUGCAAGCCACAAGGAAACUCUUGGAGAUAUGAGGGCAGGAAUGAAAAGUGCGAGUCUCCCAUCUAUGAAAUCAGAUCAGAAAGGAGAAUGUUAUGAAGCAAAUCGGCCUGCAUCAAUUCUAAUUUUUGAGGGCGUAAAUAUCAUGAACAGGUGUUGUCACACAAAUUCUAAUGUCA